AAAUUUCUAUGAAUUUCUCAUUAAACCUCUACUGAAUAUACAAAUAAUUAAUCAAGCAGAUAUGAUGUAUAGUAGAUUCUGGCAAUCAUCUUAAUUUAAUGCCCUUUGUUUUUUCCCUUUUGAAAUUUUUGAUGGAGUAACCUAUUUUUCAGUGUUGAUUUGGCUUCAUGUCCAUAUCUCUCAAGAACGAAGCCAAAAUAUUGGCAGAAUUUUGCAGCCUUGUUUUGUAAUGAAAGGGAUGAGAUGCUUUCUUCAUUACUAGCUACGGGUUUCUCUCUCUGCCCUAUAACUAGGGUUUCCUCUUAUUCAACUCACAUCUUAAAGCUAGCUUCAAAGAAUUUUCCAUCUCUCUCUCUCUCUCUCUCUCUCUCUCUCUCAAAGGCUGAGGCCGCAAAGUGUUUUCUUCCUUUGUACAAUCAAACUACAGAUCUUGAAAGAGCCUACACUGCACAAGAGGAAAAUAAAACGGUAGCAUUUCUGUUCUCCUCCUGAUCAAAGAAACCUAGUCACAGUAAAGCAUAUAUAUAUAUGGUGGAUGGCUUCUUCUAGUUAUUCCAAUUCUCCAUGUGCUGCUUGCAAGUUCCUGAGGAGAAAAUGCUUGCCAGAUUGCAUAUUUGCACCUUAUUUCCCACCUGAAGAGCCUCAGAAAUUUGCCAAUGUUCACAAGAUAUUUGGUGCAAGCAAUGUGAGUAAGCUGCUCAAUGAGGUCCUUCCCCAUCAGAGAGAAGAUGCAGUGAACUCUCUAGCCUAUGAAGCUGAGGCAAGAAUGAAAGAUCCAGUGUAUGGUUGUGUUGGUGCAAUUUCUGUCCUCCAAAGGCAAGUCAUUAGACUCCAAAAGGAAUUAGAUGCUACCAAUGCUGAUUUGAUAAGGUAUGCCUGUAAUGAAAUGCCACCAACAUCAUUUGGAAGAUCAUCAAGGAUGGGUCAUGGAGGAUCAUCAUCAUCUGCUUCUUAUGAUCAAAAUUCUGCUUUGUAUUAUCCUCCUCCUUGGAAUAAUGACGCUCAAGAGAGAGGAGAUCAUGGUAGCAUUUAAUUUUUAAAUUUAUAUUUUAUUUUAAUAGCAUAUCCUGUAUAACUGUACUUGCAGUACUUUUAACCCCUUUAGGGUUUUCUUCUCUGAAAUUACUAGCCCUGUACUUUGGCACCACAAAAAAUUAGUAUGGUUUGGUAUCUAGUGGAGACCUUGGAUCGUUCUAUGGCA